GAUGUCUCCUCCACACCGAGAGAGGGUGUGCAUUGGUGGAUUUCAGGUCCUUCCCACUGCAAUCACCUCUCGCCUUGACCAGAGCGAGGAGCAGCAGCGAGCGAGCAGAUGUCGGGAUGUGACUGUCAGUGGAGGAAUUUGAAGAGCUGGUGACCAUGCAGGUGGAAAGAACGCCUGAAAUAAACAAAUAAAUAGGGUGGAAACAAGGGGGCUGCGGAUGCAGAUAACGGCGCGACGCGACACCCAUCAGUGUGAUUUACAGUCCAGUUGGCGUUGGUGGUGUUGGUGGCGGAUUAAUAACCGUCAUAAAGACGUGGGGGAUUGUGUGUUGCAGGAGGACGAGAGUGAAGGCACUGAUAGAGGAAGGAAGAGAGAGGAGGAGUGUGUGAAAAGAGAGAGAGGGGAGUAGAUAAAGCCGGAGCCGGGAUCAUGAGCUUUGCACUGCCUUGCGGCUCGCUGUCAGCUCGGCCAAGUCCCAGCAGACGAGCUUUGGACUGGGAACACGAGCAGCUGGCUGUGCGACGACUUUCCUCUCCCCGUGGUCUCGACCUGCUUACUCCACCUCCUCUUCCUCGGCGACCCUCUGCGAUCCCUGGCUACCUGCUGUCACCCUACCAAGAGCAGGAAGAGCAGCUCCACCAGCAGCAGCAGCGACUAUCCUUGUCCGUCUGCUCAGAGGCCUCCCUGGCGCCCCCUGCACCUCCACCUGUGGGCGCUGCCCCACCCUGCUGCCGCCCAGUGGGAGUCAUGCACCUCCUGCGCCUGGGUCUCCUGGCUUUUAGCUGCCUCUUCUGGGCAGCCGGCUUGGCCAUCUUCACCUUGGGUGUGUGGGCACAGAUUUCACUGGCAGACUACAUGCUGCUGUCUGCCAAUCGCUACCCCAACGCCCCACUCAUCCUUCUGUCCACAGGUGCUGCCGUCACCGCCUGGGGCUUCCUGGGUUGUCUGGGGGUGGCUGCAAACCUGCCCUGUGUGCUUAGGUCUUACGGGUUCUUUCAACUUGCUGCACUUAUAACCUGUUUGGCCGCUGGACUCUCAGGUCUCUUCUAUCGUGAAGACAUUGCUGGAGGAUUUCGCAGCGGCUUACAGCGAGCGGUGGCCGGCUACACAGAGGAUGAAGGCCGUGCCGAUGCAUUAGACAGCCUGCAGAGGGCCCUGGAGUGUUGUGGAGCUGAGGGUUGGCGUGACUGGCUCACUUCGGACUGGGCUAUCCAGCAUAUGACCUUCCUGCCCACCGAGAACGGCACCUCGGUGUCGCUGCCAGACAGCUGCUGCGUGAGGCGCAAGGGCUGCAAGAAUCGGCCUCUUCUGUCAGAUGAUAGCGAAGGAGUAGCAGCUGCAGGAAUCCAUCCACACGGCUGCUUCCGCAAAGUCUUCAGUUUGGUCAACGACAACGUCUUCCACAUUGCCGCCACUGUGUUGGGAUUGGCCUUCACCCAGAUUGGAGGCAUAGCCCUGGCUUGUCUGCUGGCCAAUAAACUGGCACCAAGACAACAUCGACGUGUGGUGGCACAUUAACGGUCAAUUUUAAAAAUUAGGCAAUUUACAGCAAGGAUUGACCAAUUUGUAGAUAAUUAGGAUUGGGAAUGAACUAUGCCCUUAAAGACUAAUAGAGUUGCAAAGUGGGGGGAGUUAUUUCAGGCGUCCAAGUCCCGUUCAUUUUCUGCAUAGACAAUGUCAGGUGACCAGCAUUUGGAGGCCUUCCAAGGCUUUGAUGGGCACGAAAACUCUCCCAAUUAAAAAAUCUGCAACUGCUUUGACAAAACAGUCAAAGGUACAAGCCUGUGUACACAAAAAAAAUAAGGAGAGAAAUCAAAUACAACUCCUGUUGAGCAUUUCAGCAAGAAACAUUGAAUUACAGAGCUUUAAAUUUUGUUGCGGACAUCGCUAACAGAGAGCUGAAGCUAAAGCUAACAAUUUGUAGAAACCUGAUUCUGUCAUAACAUCAACCUAUAGUAUUGUUAAAUUUUCCAAAAUAUUAAUUUGUUUCUAUGUUGAGGAACCUAAAGGAUAUCAUUAAAAGAAAAUGGGAAUUUAGGGGUAAAAAAAUACUUCAAGAACCACCAACUCCUCACACUUUGCAACUCUCACACAUUGUUUGCCUGACUCUGUCUUCUGCACAAUUUCAAAAAAUGCUUCUUUGAUUCAGUAUGGGUGGGACGAGAUGUGUGUCCUUGGUGGGGAAGUCUGGCAUCACAAAUUCGGGUUGGACCAGACUGGGCAGCAGACUGUAAAUCUAAAAAACUAGAUGACAGUACAAUGAGACUUUGCUCCCUGAUUUUGCGAUAUUGUUUCAGAAAUGUUUAUAUAUUGGCAUGGAUUAAUAUGCUUCAUUAUAUAGAUUGUAUAAAAAUAGACAUAUUAAAAACAAUGAUUUAGGGUUAAACUAAUCUUAUUUUGGUUACCUUCUUUAGUACAUCUCACCACUGAAUGCACAGAAAUGUUCACCAGCAGUUUUCCACUUCAGAUGAUUUAGUCUAGCUGUGUUCAACAGAUGUUCGUAUCUACAUCAUUUAGUUUUUCCAUCACAAAGACUACACUGUGCUAGAAUGGUGCUUUUGAAAAGAGCUUAAUAAUCUA